AACCAGCUUGUGAGCCCGCCGUACAAACCCGUCCCCGUCACCGUCACCGUCCCUCCUACAGACUGCAGUCCAAUCCGUCUUCUAUCUGACGCGAGUGGGCUAUGAGACAUCCCAUCGUUCCCCUGACCCCACGUGAAAUCCCGAAAUCCCGAAGUUCUGAAACUCAACAUGUCAAGUCCCGCAGGCAGUCGCUCUUCAGAGAAUUCUCCAGACUCUUCGGGGAGUGGGAAUGGCAACUCGUCCUCCAAACCGAAGCAAGCGCCUCGAUCAGUGUCGCUUCUGACGCCCGAGCAGUUACAGCGCAAGCGCGCCCAAGAUCGUGAGAGUCAGAGGCAUACCAGGGCGCGCGUCAAGCAAACAAUUGCAGAGCUGGAAAGAAGGGUGGAAAUGCUGACCGAAGAAUUGCAUCUGGUCAGGCUGGAGAGUGCUUCCCUUCAGGAGAAAAACCAAUUGGCACCCCCAGGAACAAUCCGGUCGGCUUCCGCAGUGGGCCCUCCACACCCCAUCGUGGAAGACCCUAAAUGCUUUCCCGAAGGCACAGCCGCCGUUAUGGACGUUGUAGUGCGACAGCAGAGCCGCAUGUCACAGUACCUGGAAAUGGGCUCGCAAUUUGCAGACUCGAUAGUUAUUGCAGGACAGAUCAGCACAGAACCUGCCAGCCAGACCAUAAUUGAUCCCAGUCUCUUCUAUUUAUAUCAAGAUCUUGAGCAGCAACCAUUGUCAAUGCCGGUCUGGAAAGCUAGGCCAAUUCAUUACCCGGCAACUUGCAAAUAUGACCACAUCGUUCUUGAUCUUAUGGCGAAUCUGAAACCACUUCAUCAAAACGGGGGAACCACUCUGGAAUUUGCCAAUCCCAGCUUUCCUCACAUCUCAGCUCUUUUGAACCCGCAGCAGUAUUCUAUGAUGUAUCCUUUAGCGGCGGAAAUUGUGUCGAAGGUGAUCUACGUUUUUACAAUGGACAGCCUUCCUGAACAGAUUGCUAUCAUGUGGAAUAUGUGUACUUUGCUACGAUGGAUGAUUACAGGCAGUGAAGAAGACUACUACGACAUGCCUGACUGGAUGAGACCUACAGCAACUCAAGUUGUCACUGCUCAUCCCACCUGGGUAGACAUGUACCCAUGGCCAAAGUCGCGCGAUAGGUUGUGUCGAAACGCAACAUAUCAUGACAAAUACCAAGCAUUGACAAACGCAGCCAACGAAACAUUGUCAAUUAAUUGGCCUUAUCAACCUGAAGAUACUCUAAUCAAAAUAUCUCCCUCUGAAUACACAAUCAAUCCUGUGUUUCUAACGCAUCUUCGAAACCUUGAUAACUGGACCGUUGGCGCAGCAUUUAUUGAGGAAUAUCCCGAAUUUGAGCACGAAGUCAAAAUAGGGAAGCCUCGACUGUGGGGUCCGGCCUAUACUUAGGGUGUUGUAGCGAACAAAGAAGUUGAGAUCGAGAUCGAAAGGAGAGCGGGUUGCCCAAUCCAGCAACAACAUAUCAUGAGAGCAGCUGCUUUGCCGAGUCCGCAGUCUCGGGAAGGUCCCUUGACUCGUAAGCGCCGACUGACCACUGCCUGACCGAAACCGUCGACAUGCAGCAGCACAGCGAUAACCGGACUGCCAACACCUCCAUCAACUCGGCCCCAUCGGGCAACGGGCUCACAAGGCUAACUUAGCUGAUUUAUACCCAGAUCGUCGUCUACUGUACUUCGGAUUCUGAUGCGUUCUAUGCACGUUUUAGCAGGCAAUCAUGGGUCUCCUUACCUUCCUCGCCCAGCUUCCAGUGUCUUUUGGAUGGCGAUCGCUUGGACUUUUCUUCUUCAUAGCUGUAAUCAUUUCCCUCGUUAGCCAUACAGUCUACAAUUU